UUGCCAACCGCCAUAAAACAUCUGAAGAAGAGGCAGCGCGGCAGUAAACAUGGCGGAAAACAGGGAGAAAGGUUUACAAGACUACAGGAAGAAAUUAUUGGAACACAAAGAGAUCGAUGGACGUCUUAAAGAACUACGAGAACAGUUGAAGGAGCUCACAAAACAGUACGAGAAGUCUGAAAACGAUCUGAAGGCUUUGCAAAGUGUGGGGCAGAUUGUGGGAGAGGUGCUGAAACAACUAACGGAGGAGAAAUUUAUUGUGAAAGCUACCAAUGGCCCACGCUAUGUUGUUGGAUGUCGUAGACAGCUGGAUAAAACCAAGCUAAAACCAGGUACCAGAGUGGCCCUGGACAUGACAACUCUUACUAUAAUGAGGUAUUUGCCACGUGAGGUGGACCCACUCGUGUACAACAUGUCCCAUGAAGAUCCUGGCAGUGUUUCUUACUCUGAGAUUGGUGGAUUGUCUGAGCAGAUCCGUGAGCUGAGAGAGGUCAUUGAGCUACCUCUGACCAAUCCUGAGCUGUUCCAGCGGGUAGGCAUAAUCCCUCCUAAAGGCUGCCUCCUUUAUGGACCUCCAGGCACUGGAAAGACUCUACUUGCCAGAGCUGUGGCCAGCCAACUGGACUGUAAUUUCCUUAAGGUUGUGUCCAGCUCUAUUGUGGAUAAGUACAUUGGAGAAAGUGCUAGACUUAUCAGAGAGAUGUUCAACUAUGCCAGAGACCAUCAGCCUUGCAUUAUAUUCAUGGAUGAGAUUGAUGCAAUUGGUGGCCGUAGGUUUUCUGAAGGAACAUCAGCAGAUAGAGAAAUCCAGAGGACACUAAUGGAGUUGCUGAAUCAGAUGGAUGGAUUUGACACUCUGCAUAGAGUCAAGAUGAUCAUGGCCACCAACCGACCAGACACCUUAGAUCCUGCUCUUCUGCGUCCUGGCCGACUGGACAGAAAGAUCCAUAUUGAGUUGCCCAAUGAACAGGCUCGACUGGAUAUUCUGAAGAUCCACUCAGGGCCCAUCACCAAGCAUGGUGAUAUAG